ACACACGUGCCAAACCAAACUAGCUCACCAUUGAAAUAGCUCCGUUUCCCCUGACUUUGCCUCUCGCCGUCGCCAUUUCCCCAGCUUCCCUCCUCCAGAAACCCACAGUUCACAGAUCACAACAGAGCCUAGGCCUUCGUCCUCGUCACUUCAUCUUCUUCCCGGUGAACACAAGUUCCCAUUUCCCUUCGCAAAGCCUCUGCUCGAAAUCGUCCUAAUCUUCUACAAAGUCUAGUGAGAGAGGGAGAAGCAAAGAUGCCGGAAUCCAGAGACAGAUUGGUUAGGGAAGUGGACUUCGCCGCCGUUUAUGCUCGCAGUCGUACCGUUGGGGUUUACACGGACGAGAUGGACAGGGCGCUGUUUGGAUCUCGAGUUUCAGAGCCGGUUCAGGUGGAGCGACCCGGGACUGUGUUCGGACCUGGGUUUCGUCCCGGUUUGGCCGGAAGUCGUCGCCCAGAUCUUCAGAUGAGCAGAAGAAGAAAUCCGUCUAGAUCGAGGGGAAUCGAGAAUGGGAGUGCUGCCAGGAGUGGUGAUAGAAGAAGCGACCUGCCUUCUUGGUAUCCAAGAACCCCUCUCCAGGACAUUUCUGCCGUUAUCAGGGCCAUUGAAAGGAGGAGAGGAAGACAGGGAGAAGGGGACGGCCUAGAAAUUGGGACCCCGGCGGUUCAAGGUCUGAGAGUUUCUGUGGACUCUUUCAAGACUCCGAACCCAGUUCAUCUCAAGCAGGGCAAGCCCAAGUCUCCAUAUACAGCAAGCAGCAGCGCGAUCAAAAUCAGUCCUGUUCCUAAGCUUGGUAAGGUGCAGAAGCUAAUCCACGAGAUUGCAAAUCAACCAUCUCCAGGGGCAGAGUGCUUAACACCAGAGAAAAAGCUACUCAACUCGAUCGACAAAGUCGGGGAAGUAGUGAAGCAGGAGUUGGAGAAGCUUAAGCGAACCCCUGCUGCUAAGAGGGACGAAAGGGAGAAGAGGGUUCGCACACUGAUGUCAAUGCGGUGAGAUUUUGAUGGUUGGUAGGUUGGAGCUUGGUUUGAACAUUUUGAUCAUCACCUGCUGGUGAUGACUGUGCAGUAGUAGGGUUGGGGUUGUUUGAUCACCUUCUGGUGAUCUUCCAUCGAGUCAUGAUCACCUUCUGGUGAUCCACCGAGUUAUUAUCAUCUCCUGAUGAUUACCCUUUUGCUGGCUCUUGGAAUUUUGUUUCAGCUGGAUGGCUCCCAAUCAAAAACUUUUGAUUGCUUGGUUGUAGAUUUAGGAGGUUGCAGCACGCUUAUCAUUCAUUCUUCAUUCUGUUGAAGAUCUUUUGCUGUAUGUCUUCAUUCUUUUGAAGGCGUUAUUGAAUGUAUACUGGCAGGCUGUGAGUUUUGUCAUAUAGUGUAUAGAGCUCAACUCCAUAGAUGAUACAGACAGGAGGGACAAAAUGCAUGCUUCUGCAUUUGUAUUCUUGGUAUGCUAAUAAACAGCAUGGUUUACUUGUUCUUCUAUCCCUUUAUUUCGUUUUCUGCAGUAAUGAAAAGCUAUUUGG